CAAAGAGCCUCCCAACGGCCAAGGACAUUAUAAAACUUUUUACUGAUCGCAGCCGCUCGAAGGUCACGGGUUUCAAAAUCUUCGCUCUCGAAUUUUUACCAACCUCCAAUCAUCUCAAUCUCUUCCAAAUUCGCCGUUCAUGGGAACGUCUCAGAGCCGUGAGGGCCUCGACGGCUCCGACUCUGAUUAUGAAGAGGAAGAAGAUGAACAACAGGAAAGCCAGGAGGAGCAUGAUGGUGAUAAAAGUUCCUCCGGAGCCAAAUCCAAAUCAACAGUUGAUCAGCUUGAUGAAGUCGACGCGAAGCUCAAAGAAUUGAAGCUCAAGUACCAAUCGUCCUGCUCGCAAACCCCUAAUUUGAAAAACGCUGUCAAGAGUUACCUUCACAUCGGAGGUAACACUCCCAAUGCUAAGUGGAUCAUUUCCGACAAACGCACAUCUUACGCUUUUGUCAAAGCCUCUAGUGACAACCCCGACGAUGAUGAAGAGGGAUCAUACCGUAAGGGAGAAUCAUGGUGGGUGCUGAAGGUUGGUUCCAAGGUUCGAGUUAGGGUUUCUUCGGAAAUGCAAUUGAAGAUGUUUGGCGAUCAGCGUCGGGUGGACUUCGUGGCCAGCGGCGUAUGGGCAUUGAAAUUCCCCACGGACGAAGCCUAUCGGAAGUUUGUGACUGAAUUUCAGAAUUGUUUGUUUGAGAAUGUGUAUGGGCUUGAGGCCUCGGAAGAGAACAAGAUAAAGAUUUAUGGGAAGGAAUUUAUAGGGUGGGUGAAACCUGAGGCGGCUGACGAUUCGGUGUGGGAGGAUGCAGAUGAUGGGUUCGGGAAGAGUCCUGAGCCUGUAACACCAGCUAGGGCAACCGAGGACUUGAUGGAGGAGUUUGAGGAGGCUGCUAAUGGAGGGGUGCAGAGCUUGACGUUGGGUGCUCUUGAUAAUAGUUUCUUAGUGAAUGAUAUGGGCGUCCAGGUUUACAGAAAUUUUAACCAUGGAAUUCAUGGGAAGGGUGUCUCUGUGAAAUUUGAUGGUGGCAAGUUGCUGGGAAGCUCCAGUUCAGGAAAAUCAGCGGCAAAGAAAGCGUUAUUAAUGAGGGCAGAGACUAAUAUGCUGCUUAUGAGUCCAAUGAAGGAAGGGAAACCACACUCCUCAGGUCUGCACCAGCUUGAUCUUGAGACUGGUAAGGUUGUUACUGAAUGGAAGUUUGAGAAGGAUGGAGCCGAUAUUACCAUGAGAGAUAUCACAAAUGAUACCAAGGGAUCACAGUUGGAUCCUUCUGAGUCGACAUUUUUGGGCUUAGAUGAUAAUAGGCUUUGUCAAUGGGAUAUGCGUGACAGGAAAGGAAUGGUCCAAAGUAUUGCAGCUGCUAAUUCUCCAGUGUUGCAUUGGAAUCAGGGGCAUCAAUUCUCCAGAGGAACAAACUUUCAGUGCUUUGCAACUACUGGAGAUGGUUCAAUUGUUGUAGGAUCUCUUGAUGGAAAAAUACGUCUUUAUUCAAAGACAUCAAUGCGGCAAGCAAAGACUGCUUUUCCGGGGUUAGGCGCUCCAAUCACCCACGUUGAUGUUACUUAUGAUGGCAAGUGGGUGCUAGGCACUACUGACACUUAUUUGGUACUGAUUUGCACUUUAUUCACCGAUAAAGAUGGCAAAACAAAGACUGGGUUUACUGGACGAAUGGGAAACAAAAUACCAGCUCCGAGACUGUUGAAGUUGACUCCUCUUGAUUCACAUUUAGCGGGUACAAGCAAUAAGUUUCAUGGUGGCCAUUUUUCAUGGGUGACUGAGAAUGGCAAACAGGAGCGCCACCUUGUUGCAACGGUGGGCAAGUUCAGCGUGAUAUGGGACUUUCAGCAGGUGAAGAACAGUGCUCAUGAAUGUUACAGAAAUCAGCAAGGGCUCAAGAGCUGUUACUGUUAUAAGAUAGUACUGAAGGACGAGUCAAUUGUAGAAUCGCGAUUUAUGCACGACAAGUUUGCUGUUAGUGAUUCUCCCGAAGCUCCAUUGGUGGUGGCAACUCCCAUGAAAGUUAGCUCUAUUAGUCUGUCUGGAAAGCGACGUGGUUAGGCAAACCUUUGCCUCACAAUCUUUUUCCCACCUUUGGUUUCAUGUGUUGUGUUUUUUUCUGAGUUAUUAUUUUCCAUGUAACUAUAAAUUCUCUCUCUUUUAGGCUGUUCAGUCUUCUGUAUUGAGGUUUAGGUUUUGCCUGUAUGGCUGUAUCAUUGUUCAUUAUACUUCAGUUUGGGUCUGGAUAGAAGUUUUUUUUA